AUGACUAUUAUGAACGAGGGCAAGAAACGAAGCCAUUCCUCCAGUUCAGAUGACCAUUUAGCUAAAAGACAAUACGUUGAGCAUGGAAAUGAAUGUAUAAUGGCUGAUGAAGAUAUAGACACGGCUAUCUUUGAAGAUGGAAUAAAGAACAAUAUGCAGUGGCAAGAUACUAUCUCUAAAGUUGUCAAAGCUGUUGUAUCCAUUCACUUUGCUCAAGUGGCGCCGUUCGAUUGCGAUCCCGCACUUGUGUCUGAGGCAACGGGCUUUGUUGUUGACUCAGAGUUAGGUAUUAUUUUGACAAAUAGACAUGUUGUUGGAGCUGGUCCAUUUGUGGGCUAUGUAGUUUUUGAUAAUCAUGAAGAAUGUGACGUUAUUCCUAUUUACAGAGACCCUGUGCACGAUUUUGGUUUCCUGAAAUUUGAUCCUAAGAAGAUUAAAUACACCAAAAUACAUGCCCUUGAAUUAAAACCAUCUUUGGCCAAAGUUGGUUCAGAAAUCAGAGUUGUUGGUAAUGAUGCUGGUGAGAAGCUAAGUAUUUUAGCUGGUUUCAUUAGCAGAAUUGAUAGAAAUGCACCAGAUUAUGGUGAACUAACUUAUAAUGAUUUCAACACAGAAUAUAUUCAAGCUGCUGCUUCUGCUUCUGGUGGGUCUAGUGGUUCCCCUGUCGUUAAUGUUGAUGGUUAUGCCGUUGCACUACAAGCCGGAGGGUCUACUGAGGCUUCAACUGACUUCUUUCUUCCGCUGGAUAGAAUCCUCCGUGCUCUUAAAUGUAUACAAGCCGAUCAACCUAUCACUAGGGGUACUAUUCAAACUCAAUGGUUAUUGAAACCAUAUGAUGAAUGUAAGAGAUUGGGUCUGACACCUGAACACGAGUCUACGUCUAGGGCUUUAUUCCCUGAUAGAAUUGGAUUAUUAGUGGCAGAAACUAUUUUAAGAGAGGGUCCAUCGGAUGGCAAAAUUAAAGAAGGUGAUAUUUUAAUUGCUAUAAAUGGCCAGAGAAUAUCCACAUUUAUUCAAGUUGAUGAUAUUCUAGACUCAAAUGUUGGUAACAACGUUGAGUUUACUGUUCAAAGAGGCGGUACUGACAUCAAUGUGACUUGUACAAUUGGCGAUUUACAUGCCAUCACACCAUCAAAAUAUGUCGAAGUAUGUGGCGCUACUUUCAAUGAGUUGUCUUAUCAAAUGGCAAGAUUCUAUGCUCUACCAAUCAGAGGUGUAUUUUUGAGUAGUGCCUCAGGAUCAUUUAAUUUUGAUAAUAAAGAAAAGAUAGGCUGGAUUGUAGACUCAGUAAACUAUCAAGACACACCAAAUCUUGACGCAUUUGUUGAAGUUAUGAAAACAAUCCCUGAUAAAUCAAGAGUGACUGUGAGAUAUCACCAUUUGACUGAUCAACACUCUCCUAAUGUUACUUCUAUCUAUAUUGAUCGUCACUGGUGUAGUGAGUUCAGAAUAUAUGAGCGUAAUGAUAAAACUGGUAUUUGGGACUACACUAAUGUUGCUGAUCCUAUUUCUGAAGAACCUUUGAAACCACACACAGCCAAAUUUAUACCAAUACCUUCCACUAAUCCUGAAAUUGCCAAACUUUCCAGCUCCUUAUGUAUGGUUCAUACUGUUGCAGCUAUUCCAAUUGAUUCCCUUUCUGCCGAAACUUUAAAAACCUCAGGUUUAAUUAUUGAUGCCGAACAGGGUUAUGUAAUUGUUUCUAGAAGAGCAGUUCCACAUGAUUGUUUAGAUGUAUUUGUCACUAUUGCGGAUUCUAUCGUCAUACCAGCUACCAUUGAAUUUCUACACCCAAUGCAAAACUAUGCUAUUGUGAAAUACGAUCCAAAUCUAGUAAAGGCACCAGUGGUAACUCCAAAGCUUUCGAAUAGAAGGAUGAAAAGGGGCGAAAGCGCACAAUUUAUUGGUUAUACACAUAAUAAUAGAUUGAUAACCUCUGAAACAUCUGUGACGGAUAUUUCCUCCGUCAGUAUUCCAAGUAACUUAAUACCAAGAUAUAGAGCUACCAACCUAGAAGCUAUUUCUAUUGAUAGUAACAUUAGCCCUAGAUGCAAUUUUGGUAUUAUGACAGAUCAAGAUGGUACAGUCAGAGCUCUAUGGCUAUCCUUCCUCGGCGAAAGACAAGAAAACAAAGAAAAGGUAUAUUUGAUGGGGCUAGAUAUCAUGGAUUGUAAGAAUGUUAUCAAUAUAUUAAAGUCAGGGAAGAAACCUCAAGUUCAUAUAAUUGAUGCUGGUUUUGGGUCUAUCUCUAUAUUGCAUGCCAGAAUUAGAGGUGUUCCUGAGGAAUGGAUCCAAAAAAUGGAAGCCGAGUCUAAUAAUAGACUCCAGUUCAUUACCGUCUCCAGAGUUUCAUACACCGAAGAAACAGUUAAAUUACAGACAGGUGAUGUUAUAUUAUCUGUUAAUGAUAAACUUGUUACUGAAAUGGAUCAGUUAUCAGGUAUCGUUCAUGCUUCUGAUGAAAAUAUCGACUCCCAUGUCUUACAUUUCAAGGUUGUCAGAGAUGGUAAAAUAGUCGAUUUAGACAUGAAAACAGUUCAAGUAGAUGAGACUGACCAGAUUGUUAUCUUUGCUGGUUGUAUACUUCAAAAGCCUCAUCAUGCGGUAAGACAAGCUAUGUCUGACAUUCCAAAGGGGGUGUAUUGUACAUUUAGGGGAGAAUCUUCACCAGCCAUUCAGUAUGGUAUAUCAGCCACUAAUUUCAUUACUCAUGUUAAUGAAAUCCCAACUCCUGACCUUGAUAAAUUUUUAGAGGUAGUACGCCAAAUACCCGAUAACACAUACUGUAAGAUCCGGAUGAUGACCUUUGAUAAUGUGCCUUUUGCUAUUUCACUAAAAACAAAUUACCAUUACUUCCCAACCGCUGAAUUGAAGAAGAAUAAGGACACAGGAAAAUGGAUUGAGAAAGAAUAUAAUAACUCCCAAGAGAUCCCCAAAUAA